CAAUUAUGUAAUCAAUUAUGAAAUCAUAAUUUGCAAGGAUGUACAUAAAUUUAUAAUAAAUGGAAGAUAAAACAGUGCUGAGUAUGAGGAAAGUUUCUUUUUAGUUAGAAAAUAAUUUUAUAAUAAACCACAAACCAAUCCUUAAUUAGAUAAUCUGAAUAAAUGGUAAAAUGAAAAAAGCAUAGGUUUCGUUUGAAAAGGGAGUAUAAUUUACAAUUUAUUUUAUUAAAAGGAUAAUAAUUAUUGAAAGAUCAGUUAAAAUGGAAUGACUUUUAACUCAAAAUAAGGAAUAAAAGAAGGUAAAAUUAAUUAAUAAAGAAGUUAAAAUAGAACGAAUUGAACAACAGAUAACUCUUCAAGCCUAGUAAUUAUUUAAAGCCUUAAAUAAUUUAUAAGUAAAUAAGUUUACAAAAAUAUUAUAAAAACUUAUGGAGUGC